UGAAUUACAGUCACAUUCCCAACCCUUCAGGCAACAUGGGGGGAUUGGUCCCCAAACAUAAAGCUCUUUGAGGCUCGGCCCGAUGACUGGAGAUCAGGAGCAUGUGCCUCCUGACAAACACGAGUCCAAUCUGUCUGACACAAGGAGGCUGAUAAAAAGAGAGCAGAGAGAGCGGAGAGGGCAGCAGACUCACCUGCACCCACCUGCACAGAACCUAAGAGUCUCCAGAGCCCCUUCAUCUCCUUCAUCCUCCAUCAGACCUCCAGAGGCGCUGUCUGACCUCCAUCAUGCUCUGGCUCCUGCUCCUGCUGUCAGCUCUGGCUGGGCUGGGAGAGGUUUCUGGUAAGAACAUCGUCAUUCAAAAAAUGGAGAAAGUCAUCAUCCCAACAUCUGAUCCAUUUAUGUUCUUCGGAAAAUCUGUUUCAAAACUCUAUGUGAGCACCAGUCCAGAACUUUCCAUUUGUAUGGACGGAUACAAUAGCAAAAAGGAAUGCCUUAAAUUUUUCACGAAGGUCAAUUUACCCUUCCAAUCUGAAGAGCGUGUUUCUGAUCUAAACGAUCAAAAAAUAGCAGAGAGAUUUAUUCGGUCUGUCACCGUCACUUCUACAUUAGAGUUAAGAAUGUUGAUGACUGAUGGGGUAACUAAGGUAAACAUUUACUUCCUGUCUGCCGGGAAACAAUCAGGUAUUUACGUGGCGACAAGUAUGGAUGUGACGAUGAAUUUGUAUAAAAAUGGCAUAAGAGGCCCAAGUAUUAAGAUUAAAUCAGAUAAGGGAAUAGACGUAUCGUCCUGCAGAGCCUCAGACGGAUCGCUGUUCAAAGCUUCAGAGCCUGUGAAAAUCGGCUGUCAGACAGAAACAUGUGACGCGCAGUAUGCUGUAACUGUACAAAACUGUGGCAAAGAUCAGGUCUGCUUGAAAGGAAACUGUGUGAAACUUUAUAAAAAGGUCUGCACGUUCACCGGGCCUUCCGGUAUUGAUGCUCGCGGCAUAUCAAGUGAAGUGAAGGAUCGGUGCCAGUACACUCUGUUUACUACUACUCUAAUGCCAGAGUUGUCUGUGAAGGCAGACUACAAGGACCGGCGACGUGGCAAUGUGGUCUUUUUGGACAGUGUGACAAUAAAAGUGGGGUCUGAUACAUAUCUGAUGGAGCAAGGUGGGAGAUUUCAGGCUAAGGGGAGUGUCGUCACUUUCAGUAGUAAGACGAUGAAGUUCGGCCUGUUAUCAGUCACUAGUGAAGACAGUGGACUUACGGCCAGCUAUUCCAAAGAAGACUAUACUGUCGGCAUCUUCUUCGAUGGCUACACCGCACAAAUCACCAUCAAAGGUCCCACAGGGAAGGUGGUGGGGAUGAAGGGUUUAUGUUCAAAUAUAAAUUCAAAUGUGGCUGACGUGAGGCUCACUAAGGACAGCUGUGACGUAAAGCACAAAGAUGUGUCCGUUGACCCUUUGAUCACCGUCGAAAAGGCAAAGGAAAGAUGUGGUAUCAUGAAAAAUGCACCCUUCAACAAAUGUCACCCAAGCAUCAGCGUGGAGCCCUACGUGAACGCCUGUGAAGCUACUCUGAAAGCUUAUCCUCCAGUCGACAACCUGCCCUGUCAUUUCCUGGAGGCCUACGCCAGAGCCUGCCUCUGGUGGACCGAUAAGAAAGUGGAGGGCUGGCGCUCAAACUCCAAGUGCCCUACCGCCCCUAAGAUCUUAUGUAAGGACACCUUCUGCGCUUCUGAGGAGUUCUGCAGUGAGAAGGAGCACACAGGCGGCUUCGUUUGCUCCUGUCGGCACAUUUUCAGCAAAAAGCACAGAGAUGACAAAACUUUAGGGAAACCCACCACCUGCGAUAAGAACAAGGCCUCAGCUUCUUUGAUCAACUGUCUCCUGAGAGAAAAAGGCAUCGACUACACAACAUUACACCUCACUGACGACACCUGCAAGGGUACUCUGGAUGAUGGCAUAGUGACCUUCGAAUUCAGCAGCGAUAAGAUGUGUGGAGCUGUAAUCAAAGAAGAAAGCACUCAAACGGUCUACAAGAACUUCAUCAAAUCUGCCAAAUCCACAGAGAAGAUUACUCGUCAAGAUCAAGUGAACAUCGAGUUCUCCUGCAACCAGGACCAACCCAAAGUCCAGACUGUGACAUUCAAUGUCCAGAGCAGCUCUGUGCUCACACCGAUCAUUUCUGGAUCCUGGAAAUAUGAGCUGACCAUGAAAGUCUUCUCUGACGUCGAACUCAAACAACCUGCUACAUCAGUCCAGAUGAACGACAGGGUCUGGGUGGAGCUGAAGACCACGGGACUGGAUGCUAAGUUGGUUGCCAUAGUGAUUGACUCCUGCUGGGCUACCAAAGAGAAGAAAACUGACGCAGAGCCAAAAUACGACCUGAUCACCGAGAGCUGUCCUAAAGACAAGACCAUGGUCCUGAAGGACAACGGCAAGGGACUGUCCGGAUCCUUCUCCUUCAAAACCUUCCAGUUCACCUCCAGCACUGCCCCGAGCAUCUUCCUGCACUGCAAAGUCAAGCUGUGCACCAUAAAGGAGGGCAAGACCUGUGUCAAGACCUGUAAAGGAAAGCGGAGACGCCGCUUCGCCAGCUUCAUGGAGGAAGAUAGCGCCCCAGCCAUAAUCUCCAUGGCGUGGACCACUUAGGUUUACUCUGCGGCGUCUGGGAUUGACUUGGAGGUUCAAGACCUGUUUCCUGACUUCGACUUGGCCCCGGUCCAGAGCGUGGGUUCCUAUCCUAUGCUUUGGAUCGAUCACCUCAGUUUUUGAAUCAUUUACAAACUUUCCUCUUAUUUCUCCUGAUGGAGAAGGACUUUGUGUGCAGGGAACUUUAAUAUUGAAUUUCUACUGCUACUCUUUGAAAGUAGAUCUGAAAUAUUUACCGCAGAAUAUCUCCUCUUUUACAAUCAGUCACCAGACAUCAUUCUGUGACAUCAUGUGUGUGACAACAUUUGUAUGUUACAUGUGUGUGACAUCAUGUUUGACAUCAUGUUUGACAUCAUGUGUAUGACAUCAUGUGUGUGACAUCAUUUGUAUGUUACA